UCAGGGUAGGAUAGAAUCAGAGAGUAUAUAAAAGUUAACUUAUUCAGUGGUUCUGAGAUGAUGACAUACGGUCUGAAAUCGUUGGGCUGUCUAUUGUCAGAAGGAUUUAGCCUUGGCCAAUGAGAGAGGAGUAGGAGUGUGGAAAUCACAGGACGCUAUAGAAGGCAGUGAAGAUACAUCAAGCACUCCUGUGAGGAUGGCAGCCAGUUUCUCUCUCCUGGAAGAGGACCUGUCGUGUAUAGUGUGCUAUCAGACAUUCAGGGAGCCAGUGAUCCUGCUCUGCAGCCACAGCUUCUGCAAGGCCUGUCUGGAGGAGAGCUGGAGUAAACAGGAGACGCAGGACUGCCCAGUCUGCAGAAGGUCCUCCAGAGACCAAUCGCCUCUCAACCUGGCCCUGAGACAUGUCUGUGAGACUCUACUGAGGGAGAGGGAGAUUAAGGACACUCCUGGGCCCACAGAGGAGGUGACAGAGGGGCCCUCACAGGGUGAAAACACCAGCCACAGGGGGUUGCAGGGUGUGUGUGGUUUACACUCCCAGAGGCUCCAGCUCUUCUGCCUUGAGGAUGAAUGUCUGGUGUGUGUGGAGUGUGUGUCGGAGCAUGCAGGCCACAGCUUCUGCUCUCUCGUGAAGGCAGCAGGCCAGAGGAGGGAGGGGCUCAGACCCACACUGGAGACCUUGGAGGAGAAAAUGUCUGCCUUCUGCAAAGCCAAGCUAAACUGUGACAAAAUGGCUGCUCACAUUGGGGCGCAGGCCCAGCUAGCAGAGAAGCAGAUAAUGAAUGAGUUUGAAAAGCUACACUGCUUCCUGAAAGAAGAGGAGGUGGAGAGGCUAGCUGCGCUGAAGGAGGAAGAGGAGGAGAAGAAUAAAAGGAUAAAGGAGAGAGUGAAGGAGAUAAGUGAGAUGAUGUCAUCUCUGUCAGACACAAUCAGAGCUGUGGAGGAGAAGCUGGCAGUGGAUGAUUUGUUGUUUCUGCAGCGCUACAAGACUAUGAUGGAGAGCGUACAGAGUGCGCCUAAGGACCCACAGCUGGGCUCAGGAGCACUGAUCAACUUGGCCAAACACCUGGGCAAUCUCAAGUUCCAGGUCUGGGAGAAGAUGCAGGGGGCAGUGAAAUGCAUGCCUGUAGUUCUAGAACCAAACACCGCACAUCCCUAUCUCUAUCCAUCUGAAGAUCUGACCAGCCUACGAUCUGAAGAUAAAGGACAGAGUCUCCCAGACAACCCAGAGAGGUUUGAUUCAUACCGUGACAUCCUGGGUUCAGAGGGGUUCACUUCAGGGACACACUUCUGGGAUGUGGAAGUCGGAGAAAAUGAUGACUGGAGGGUAGGGGUGGCCAGUGAGUCUGUUAGUAGGAAACAUGAGUUAGAUGAAGAAGAAAGUGGAAUAUGGGCUGUUGGGGUAGCUAAUGGUGAACCUUAUAAAAUGAAGAAGAAGACCCAGAGGAUCAGAGUUUUGCUGAAGUGGGACAAACAGGAGGUGUCCUUCAUUGAUCUUAGUUCAUACACACAAACCCUCAGAACAUUUAAUCACAAAUUUACAGAGAAGAUGUAUCCAUACUUUUAUUUGUUAAAUGGUCAACCACUACAGAUCCUUCCAGGGAAAGUCUCUGUAAACGUGGAAAACCAUGUGGAAAAUCAUGAUAUGGAAUUGUUUUAACGUGGCUAUACCAUGGAUCAUUUAGUUACUUGAUUUAGAAUUUUAGGAUUAUUUGAUAAAAUAUUGAGUUUGGUCUUUACUGCUAUAACCCAUAGAAAUGCAUUGAAUAACACAUUAAUAAAUGGCAAAACAGACAGUCAAAAAAUAAAUCAAAGAUAAGGUUUUGAAGUGUCUGUCCUAUACAGUAUCUAAGAUAUACUGUUUAAGAAAACUCAGGAAAUAUAUAUUUUUUACACAUUUAAACCCUUUUUUUGUUGGCACAAAACUACUUCCACACUUUCAUAAUUCUUUACAACCGGUUUUGGGUUACUUUCAGACGAGUCCUGUGACACUUGUAGGGGUUGUAGAACAAAACAGAGAACGCCUUCGUGUCCGUGAGGGUCUCCCCUUUCCAUAUUAGUUUUUUGACAAAACCAUUCGGAUGCUACAGAUGUUUGGUAAGCUAACAGUGCAGUUCAAAGGCCAAAUCUUGACCAAGACGGCAGGGAAGAUUACAGGAAUGACACUUACCUCCUCUUUCCAGGAUAUUUUAGAUGAGACCAGAAGAGAGAGCAAAGUAUAACAUUUCUUUUCUCCUAUUCUCAUCAAUGUUACUUUCCUUUGGUUUUGUGGCUUUUGAUGCUAAACAGAAUCUAUCCCAUUGUUAUUUAAAAAAUAUGUUUUGAGAAUUUCUGUGAUUGAACUAAAGUAGAUUCAUGCCUAUUGUUCAUUUAGAAUCGUCAGCUUGCUAAACUCCUUAUCAAUGUGCAAGACAGGACUUGUAUAAAAAGGUAAAUAUUGAAAAAAGGCUAGUAAAUUGAUGUAUUUCUUCUUCAAUAAAAGAGACAAUGGCCAAAUAUUUUCUGUUUUGGGUUAACUUCCAGAAGAUGGAAUUCCAACCCUUCUAAAUGACUAUGCCUGGUGUUGUUGGAGCCAUGGGGAAUAUAGGCAUGAGGAUGACCAGACACGGAGAAUCUGCUUCGUCACGCAGCUCUGCCUCACCUUGUCUCAAUCUCUCCAUCCUGUCUCCUCUCCUUUCUCCAUGGCCCAGUCGGCUUGAUCGCAUCAAUAGAAAUCCUAUUCAAACCCAUACUGGAGAAGAGCUGAAAAUCAAUGGUUUGCAUAUCACCUGAUUAGAUCUGUGUGUGUGUGUGUGUGCCGGCUUGUUGUGUGGGGCAUGGGGUCGGGCCCCGCGGGCGGCAGCCCCUUUACAUGGGACACAGUAAUGAGAUUACCCUGGCCUCCAGGACCCCACACAGCAGACACCGUGAUCAGAUUAGGGAAAAGGACACUGAAACUUUUAGAAAGCUGUGACUUCAUCUCUGUCUGUCUGUCUGAGGGGAAUGAAGCUCUCUCUCAGUAGGCCUACUGUUUUUACUUGAGCCUUUCGACCAGUUCUCUAUUUUUCUCUCUGGCGAUCGUGCAUCAGUGCUCCUGUGUGCCUGCCGCUAUGCAAGUGUGACCACUUUGGGAAUCGUGUCGAAAGCAGCUGUUGGGUGUAUGUAGAGGCUCUUGGCUGUCUGCGGAAGCCUGCGCUAGCUGAAGGUGUUGGCCAUGGGGGGGUUUAUCACGUCACUUUGAUGGAUUAGUGAUCUCAUUGCUAGCUCCAACGAUUAGGUCACCGGCCCAGGAGACAGCAAACCACCUACCAGGAGACAGCAAACCACCUACUGUGAAAUGCUGAUGCUAGACUUGUCCACCGGUUCUAAGUCACCAUGAAGUGCCUCCUUGCAUCGAUGCAAAGCAGAGCUCCAGAUAGUCAGAGGGCCUCCGUGAAUAAUAGGCCAGAGUCCCCAUAGAGAGGAAGGAAGCAGAUAUCAUGGAAUCAGUGCAACACACCCACACACUGAAACACUUACUGUAAACCCCCAGUCCAACUCUCUCACCACCAAGAAGUGCCCUCCCUCACCAUAAUGAGAUUCCUCUCUUCCCAUGAGCCCACCUUCAUUUGCUCAGUGGUGCAUUCUCUGGCUGUUAAACUGAAGGAUGGACUGUACAGGUUGUCUGGCUUUUAUCUUUUUCCAUGAUUCAUCUUCAUCUCUCCUUUGAAAGGGAGAGGUACACCAGUGUUUUUAGUAAUUAUUCCAUCUGAGACAAGCAGAUCUAACCGGCACAGGAGAGGAGGUAAAAUAGACUUAUCUUAUGAGGGUCUUCCCAUACUUUCCUGGAGGCAUGGAAACAUUACUGUACCAAGAGAGAUGAUUGUAUUAAGGUUUCUGGGAUAUUACAGUAGAAGCUAUGGCAUCAGGUGGCCAUGCUCUCGUCAUUCAGCCAAACGAUGCCAUGGUGACAUCCAUCUAUCCCAGACCACUUUACAGCUGGAUUCACAUGACAUACAUGUGAUUAAGUUGGGAAAACAGUUUGUUUCAUUACCGCUCCAGAAAUCACACUAUUGUUCUCCAUAAUAACCCCAUUUUAAUAAAGGGCCCAUUUCAUAA